AUCUUUACUAACAUACACUGUUAUAUUUUUCAUUUUUAUUUGUAAUUAUGCCUUGACUAUAUGUUCACUGAUAUUUCCUAAAUGGCUAACUUUUGCUACACCGAUACCUUUUUAUAUGGAAACUAAUUAUGGAUUAUUCAAAUUAUGCAGAAGUGUUACAAGAGAAUGUCGACCUUUUCCUUCUUAUGAUCACGGAGACUGCCAAGAAGACGGAUUUUGUGAAUUAUGGAGAGCUGCUGGCGCUGGCAUGGUAGUUGCUACCAUCAUUGGAGGACUAAUCUUGUGUGGACUGUUGGCAACUAUGUGUAGCCAAAGACGUAAAAGGGCAAAGGCAUGGGCACCUAUUUCAUCAAUGUUCUUGAUUUACGCUAUUCCACAAGCAUUUUCAAUGGCAGCAAUUGCUUAUUUAUUCAACACAAGCUCAGUAUUUUACAUUGGAACUCGAUACAACUUUUCAUUUAUUCUUUGCAUCAUUAGCUGGAUAUUAAGUAUCAUGCUUUCUAUUGUAUUAUGCUUAAUUGCUACACUAUCUCCACCUGAUUAUGCAUACCAGUCACUUUAAGGGUUCCAUAAUCCAUUGUGUGGUAAGGGGAUUGAUAUAACUGAUUCCCCUCGCGUAUUAUUGUACAUUUCAAAUAAAAGGGUCAUAAUGUAUGUAUCUGUCCGCAAUAGGAUUGUGAUUUCUAUGAUAACAGACACCUGGGAAAAACGGAAAGCUUCCUUGAUUCAUGUGGUUGAAACUCCCCUUUUGCGUACAAGUACAUCAAGGCGUACUACUGGGCAUAAAUACUAAAUAUAUCGGAGUCUACUUGGCUGUUUGAUC